GAGGGACUACUCUUAGUGAUAUGUAGUCUCCCCUUUGCAUUGUUAUGAUGGCUGACGGGACUUGUAGUAUCAGAAGCGGAUUGACAAAAAGACUUGGAUAGCUGUUUUGUGGUCAAAGUAUUGUUCAGAUCGUUGGCGUGUGCGUGCCCCCCACUUCCGGUUAAUCUACACAUAUACAUCAUCAAGAAUGUAUAUGGAUAUCGAAAGUGGUUCAAAAGUACCCAGGAGAAAGUGGAAAGGUGCAAAUUGUUGCAUUAUUGGGUGCCAUGCUACUCAAGCGAGGUGUAGAGGAUUGUCAUUUAUAUCUAUUCCAAAAGCUGGCGAAAGCGAAGAUCAAGACAAGUGGAGGGCGUCUUUGAUUCAGGCCAUUAAUCGGUAUGACAAGAACUUCAACCCGAACAAAGCCAAGAUCUGCUCACGACAUUUCAUGGAAGGCUGCGUAAAAUACGGUCCAACGGGAAAAUGCAGUGGCCUCGUUCCUUGGAGCUUGCCCACUCGUUGGAUGCCAAGCCAACCACAUGAAACACCUGAGUACAAUCUUCUUUGUAAAUCCAUGGUUACUGAGCUUAAUCAAAACAAAAAUCAGGAUUCUAAACUUACAAUGACAUGGAAAGAGGGCUACAGGAUUGUGGACUUGUGUGAGCUGGCUCGACAGAUGAACUGCAAAAUAUGCAACUCUCUUCUAGAUUUAAAACAGACACAAGCAGAAAUAAGAACAGGCCUUGCAAGUAUACUAUAUAUUGCCUGCCAGUGUGGUGUCAUAAAUCACAUUCGCACAAGCAAAAGGCAGCAGGAUGAUACUGGGAGAGCAUCAGCUUACCUCAUCAAUGUUAAAGCUUCUAUCUGUAUGCGACACUGCAGAUUAAAGACAGAAAAGGUGUGCAAUUUCUUUGCUGAAAUGGGGAUCCCAGCAACAGCAGAAACUUUGAACACAGUUUCACAAGAGACAGCAGCCAUUAGCUUAGCUGAAAACAUUUCACAAAUUGAAACAUUUUCUACGUAUAGUGGUAUUCAGUCUCAUAUAAGACAUGAAAAUGAGGCAGCAUCUACUAAGGUUCAAGAGACUAUGCAAUCUCGCAAUGUGUUACAUGGUGAAACAACUCUAAUGCCUGAUGUGGCUGAUAUAAAAACAGAAACAGAGACAGAUGAUGAAACAAGCAUAGUAGAGUCUCAAGAGAAUUUGGAUUUUCAAGUUCACCAUGAAACAAGUGAGGUGAAAGGCAGUGAUUUAGUAGACACAUCUGAAGCUUUUACUCACACAAAGAGUGUUCCAGUGAUGCUGAUACCUGUAGCAACUAAAAGACCUCUGUAUAUGUUAAACCUACAAGGACCUAAAGAGUUCAAUCUAUGUGAUUUUCGUAAAAGUCAGAUUGGAAAUGAUAUCUUUGGAUGCAAUGAAAGCAAGGAGCAGAAGAAUGGGGAAACAUUGUCUUUGGAAUGGGCAAGAAUCCUCUUUACGGUCCAUGCCAGCAUCGGUGAUCGAUACAACAUAUGAGAAUCACACUGAUGCCAGAAGCAACACUGACUCUAUUGCUUCAAACCACCAACACCUUGUGGAACUUUUAAGAACAAAUCAUUUCAGGAGUCGUUCUCAAAAAGGUGAAUCUAAAAACUAUGUAAUAAAUGAUGUGUGUGCACCCUUUAAAUGUGGUGAGUGUGGUGCUAGGUUUGCUUUAGAAAAGCACUUAAAUUGCAUAAAAAAGUUCACUCUUCCAAGAGUCCCAUCAUCAAACUUGAGGGUCCAGAUUGUUCUGUUAAAAAUAAUGAGAGACAAAACAAAGACAUUGAGAAAAGAGAUGAAAGUGCCUUUAAAAGUGCUAAUACAAAUUUUCAACAACAGGCUGAUCUUGCGCUGGAAAGGUCCAACAACUGUGACAAAACAGAGCUUCAUUUUUACCCUAAGUAUUGUGAAACCAGCAAAAAAGACAAAUGGAUCUGAGGUGGUGAAUGUUUAUCAGCAUGCACAGUCCCAUACUGAAGCUGAAAAAGAUCAUAUGUCAACGAUUCCCACACUUACAAAAAUGUUUCCUUGCUCAGAAUGCAGUCUUAUGGUGACUACAGCAAGAAGUUUGAGGAACCAUAUGAAGACUCACACGGGUGAAAAGCCAUUCAAGUGUGAAGCUUGUGAAAAGUCUUUUGGAGAACGCAAUGCUUUAAGAAAACACUUUCUGCGAACACAUAGUGAAAAUUUGCCUCAUGUUUGCCAAGAUUGUGGUAAAGGUUUUGCAUUUCCAUCUGAACUGAAUCAGCAUCAAGUUAUUCACACUGGUCAGAAAGCCCAUACCUGCCAAGAAUGCAAAGCUUCUUUUACUUAUGCCAAAAAUUUACAUCUUCAUAUGAGGAUUCACACAGGUGAAAGAUCUUUCUCAUGUGAAGUUUGUCAAAAAUCAUUCAGACAAUCAAGUCAUUUACACAGACACAUUAGGGCACAUAGUGGAGAAAGGUCUUUUCUUUGUCAAGACUGCGGGAAAACAUUUACAAGUAAGGAUAACUUAGAUGUUCAUUAUAGAAUUCACACUGGAGAGAGACCAUAUAGAUGCCCAUCCUGCCCCGCCACUUUUCGUCUUAGUGGAAGUCUUAACCUGCAUAUGAAUAUUCACACAGGUGAAACAUUUUUGUGUGAUAUUUGCCAAAAGUCAUUCAAAAGCUUACAAUAUUUUAAAGAACACAAAAAAGUACAUGAUGGAGAGGAAUUCCUGUGUCAGGAAUGUGGGAAAACAUUUAUUAGCAAGCAACAACUAAGGAUUCAUCAAAGAAUCCAUGCUGUGUCAUUGAACAGCAAAGAUAACAAGAUAAAGAUAAAGAAAAGUUAUUCUUGCAAGCUAUGCAAUGCUACUUUUACUUUAGCUAGCAAUGUGUAUCGGCAUAAAAAGAUUCACAUGGGCAUCAAGCCUUACUCCUGCAAAAUUUGCCACAAGCAGUUUCGGGAUUCAAGCUGUUUGAAAUCUCACAUGCGAGUACAUUUCAAGAGCUGACCCAUAAAGGGGCUACCUCAACAGAAAAGACACCAUCUUGCUGCACUCUGAUCAAGUUGCUCAUUUUCUGACAUACCUACACAAUGAUCUGUGUCCGUUACUUGUACUCAGUUGUGGGUGGACCUGGUGAUUUGCAGUAAUAAUGGUCCAUGUGCACCACCAUGACCUGUUCUGCUCCCCUUUUAGAAGGUCUCCCAACUGGUGGCCUGUCGACUGCUUGAUGUUACAUCACUUCUUCUGUUUGUCUCAUCGAUGGCCUCACUCUACCCAUCCUUGGAGGACCGUCUUGGGCAAAUACAAUGAUCAGUUGUAUUGUGAAAGAAGAAUGCAACUGGUAGGGCAGUACCACCUGAAAACAGAAGUCCUACUUGACCAGGUGAUGUGAGCAGCUAACCAAUGUAUUGGCUGAUCUACCCUCUGUGGGCACAAUCUACACCCAACACAGUCUGUGUAGGGCAUGCAAGAUUGCAGUGGAUGCUUCCCAAUGCCUAUUCUGUGUCAUGCCCUCUGGGGUCAGGUAUAGACUCCUGGUUCAGACCCCCAGUUAAGAUAUAGUUUCUUUGCUUGUGAUAGCCUUCCUGAACUUUGCCAUAGCUGUCAGGACCAGUGCUAGUUCAAUAUAUCCUUUUGCAGUCUGUGAGGUAGUGUCUAUGUCUUUGAUAGGGAGUGUGGAAGAGUAAUCAAAUGAGAAAGAGGGGUAGUGUGUAUGUGUAUAUGUAUAGGAUAAUCCUAAUAAUUCUUUGUUUUGUUUUUGUUUUUUCUUUCUUCAUCAAGUCAUAUUCCGAGUGCAGUAUCACUUGGCCAAUAAACAAAUUGUUAUUAUUCUUAUUCUUAAAGAAAAUAGUUAAAUAUCUUUGAAUGAUGUAUUGGCAAAGAUGUAAAUGACCCCAGCAUUAUAUGUAGUACAAUUAGAUCAAGCUAUAUAAUCAGACACCUUACAAGGGAAAAAAGAAUGCAUGCAUAUUUCAGCAUAUUCAAAGAUUCAGUAGUUACAAUAAAGCUCCUAAACCAAAUAUUGCACCAGUUUAGAGAGAGACUACAUGAGUAACAGUAGAUGGUGACGCUGCUAGUGCUGUUUUUCUGUCAUCUGGUAAGCUUAUAAAAUGGAUUAUUUACUGGAAGCUGUUUCUUCUUUAUCUAACCUAUAUUUUUUUUCCUUUUACAUUAUUGGUUACAGAAUAUUAAUUGUUAUUUAGGUUUUGCAUUGUAUAACUUUUGAAGGAUCACAAAUCCCAAUAAAUGUACAUGUAUAAGGUACAUGAGUUUUGAAGAACAAAACCAAGUACAAACUGAGAAUAGAUUGCUCUCUGUAUGAAUAUAUAGAAGACACUAGUUCAAGGGAGCGUAAUUUUUUUUAAAUCCAUGAAGAAUUGUCUUUAUCUGUGCAAAGUCAUAAUAAAAGUAUAUAGAAAUAA